AUGGAGAGCGAAGAUUCCGGAGGCGAAUGGCGCAGAUCCGGCAGAAAGCGCUGUCGUCCAAAGAACAGCGACUCGUCUCCUGACGUUCCGCAACAACCAAAGAAGCAAGAUAACACCAGCCUCACCGUCAUCUUCGUUCCUGUGAAAGAGGAGGCCAGACUUACAGCGCUCAACAGCCUGAAAGUUUCCGAAGCCCUUGAGAAGCUCUGCCAAGAGUGCAUCAUCCAAGUGCGCCCUAACGAUCGGCUGAACCUGAUCGCUGUUGAUGUUCGCAACGGGCAGGCAGCGAAAACUCUACUGAACACUGCAAUGCUCUGCGGUGUUCCAGUAAGAGCCUACUCAUCACUGUCAGGGCUCAUUUCGUAUGGUGUCAUCCAAGGCGUCGACGCUGAAAUCACAGAAGACGAGAUUGCGCGCAAUCUUCGCGCUGAAGACACAUGCUGCAAGAUUGCCAACGUUCGGAGACUCGGACGCUCCCGCGUCGUGAAGGUCGCCUUCACCAGCACUAAGCUGCCAAGCUACGUGCUUCUACGGCACGUUCGUUAUCCAGUCUCACUGUUCACAGACAGACCGUUACAAUGCCACAAUUGUAACGGAUUUGGCCACAAGAAAACCGCCUGCCAACGUCCGAAGGCCUGCUGCCGUUGUGGGCAACACCAUGACGGGACGGGUGCUGAAUGUCAUUCCACGACAAUGAAAUGCGCCAACUGCAGUGGAAAGCACCAAGCCACAUCACCUGACUGUCCAAAAUGGAUUAAAGAGCGUGACAUUAUAGCGUACUCCAAGAAGAAUUCAGUGGGAUUCCGCGAAGCGAAGUCAGCCUUAGAUCCCCAAAAGACACAAAUAACUGACACCGCUGAGGUCAUAAUGCAAGACGAAUCAGAGCCAACGAUCUCUAAUGCAGGCGCCAAAAGCUACGCUUCUGUUGUCGCUGAGGACUGUCAGAAAAAAAUCGUUAUCAACCAAGUACCACUGAACGAUGUCCCAAGUGAUGAAAAGUCAACGUCGUCCACGCACCAACCUUCCUCGCACGCGCUUCCAAGGCGUCAGGCAACAAAACGAAGCACUGAAAGGAAAGAAAGCGACAAGACUUCAGGCUUACCCAUCGCAACAACACCCGCUUGGGUCUCCAUUAUCAAGACAGUUGCAAACAUAUCCCUGGCAAUAUUGUCUAAACUUGAAGCCUCGUGGCCCGGGCAAUUGCUACAAUUUUGCAGGCAAUGCUUCCCCUUCUGGGGGCAUGCUAGGGGGACAAAGUAA